CGCUUCUUUUGAUCUUCGAAUGGCACAAGUUUCUUUUCUGUAUUCACUAAUCGCUAUUAGUUAGCUUUAAAUUUAAGUAUAAUAUUAAUUUCAAGUUUUGAAUAUCUAUUGUAAGUAAUUGAAUUAUAUUAAAUCAAAUUUAAUUUAAAUUAAUUAAAAUUAACAGCUAAUAAAAAUUAAUAUGAUAAUUUCAUAAUUUUAUAUUAUAUAUUUACACUAUCAGCCAUGUGGCGAUUUUGCUAUUUUAUUGUUUAAUAAAUUAAUAUAUUUAAUAUUAAAUAUAUGGGAAUUAUGAAUUUUUAUUUCUUUAGAACAACAUGGCUCCAAGGAAAGGGAAAGUUCAAAAAGAAGAACCAGUAGUUCAAUUAGGACCCCAAAUUCAAGAGGGUGAAUUAGUUUAUGGCGUAGCUCACAUUUUCGCUAGCUUCAACGAUACAUUUGUUCAUGUAACAGAUUUGUCAGGAAGGUAACUUUGUUUAUCAAUAUAUUUCAGUUAAAACAUUUGACUAUUUCUAACACAAUGUUUGAUAAGUAUUUUAUAUUUAAUUAUAUACCUAUAGGUAACUUCUGUUUACACUGCAACUUCACAUAAUUUUAUUAUUAUUUCUUAUUAUUUGAAACAAAUAAUUUUUGUCUGGUGAUUUAGUAUAAUAUUAAAUACUUAUUUAAAAACAAAAUUGUAAAUUAUGGACAUUUUACAAAGUAACUUAAGUGUAAUAUAACAUAUAUUUUUUAAAUUAAAAACCUAAUACAAUAAUUUUUUAAAAAAUGUAUGUUUAUUUUACUGAAUGUAUGUUUACCUAAUGUUAUAUCUUUUAAGUUGGAAUAUUUUUCAAUAUUUAUUUUUAUGUUUUUUCAGGGAAACCAUUGCUAGAGUAACUGGUGGCAUGAAAGUAAAAGCUGACAGAGAUGAAGCUUCUCCUUAUGCUGCUAUGUUGGCUGCUCAAGUACGUUUAAACAUGUUUCUUUAAUUUCCUGACUAUUUGGUGAGACUAUUCUUUACUCUAUAUUGAUGUUGAUUUUGUUUUAUCAACAAAAUCUACAGAAAUACAAAGAAUAAUCUCACCUAAUAGUCAGAAAAUGAUAAUAGGAAUUGAAAAUGUUAAAGUACCGAUACUAUUUAAAUUUUAAAUUAAAUUUUUGGUGUUCUUAAUAUACUGUCAUCCCUAUUUUUAUAGUAAAAAUUACUUAAGAAGACUACACAGAACUCGUAUAAUUUUGGUUUUAGAGUAAAAACACUUAUUAUAAUAUCAAGAGAGAAAAAUACUCUCAAGAUCAAGAAGUUGCAUUAUAAUUGAAUAUAAUAGUCAAUUUACUACUUUUAAAAUAAUUUGUUUUCAAAAAAACGCAACGUCUUGAUUUCUGAUAUAUUGUUCUACAUUAAUUUCAUAAUAUGUACUUUUACUCUAAAACCAAAACUAAUUAGGUUCUGUGUAAUUAUGUUUUUACUAUCAUGUGUUUGUAAGACUGAAACAACAAAUGCAUGUGUAUACCAUCCUCUUAAGCAAUCAUUAUAUAAUGUUUUGGGAGUUUUUUUUAUGGAACAAUUUUCAGAAUUAUGUGUACCAACUUAUACAAUCAUAAUAUCAAAAUCGUAGAAUUUUUUACUUAUAUUUUAGUAUGCCAGGUAUUCAUUUAUAUUUUUUUUAUUUCAGGAUGUUGCUGAAAAAUGUAAACUUUUGGGAAUUACAGCCUUACAUAUUAAAUUGAGGGCUACAGGUGGAAAUAAGACGAAAACUCCUGGACCAGGAGCACAAUCUGCAUUGCGUGCAUUAGCACGUUCAAGUAUGAAAAUUGGCAGAAUUGAAGAUGUAACACCAAUUCCUUCAGAUUCUACGCGUAGGAAGGGUGGUCGUAGAGGUAGACGUUUGUAGUUUACUAAUUUUUGUUUGUAUUACAUCUGGUGUAUUUCCACAAAUAUAAAAUUGGAUUUCUCUUUAUACACUUGCCUUAUUUAUUAUUUAAAAGUAUUCAAUUUUAAAAAUUUUUAUUCAAAUUAUUCUACACAAUGGAUGCUUAGAAAUGUUUAUAAUACAUUUUACUGAAUACAGCUUUAGUUUAUGGUUAUAUUUUAAAAUAUAAUAACACUAACUGAAGUUUAUGUGACAUCAAAGUUAAUUUGUUGUUUUUUAUAUCCAUUAGUUAGACAAUAUGUUGUUUAUCAUUGUAUAAUUGGGAAUUAUUUUCUAGGUAUUCUAAAUAAUUUUCAUACCUAUAAGUAUUAUAUUAAAUAAAAUUUGAGAAAUGCUUUGUGUGAUUAAAUUGGUUACAAUUUUUUGUAGAGUAUUUAUUAAUCUAAACUGGCAAAAUAUUUGUUGGUUUGAUGCAAAAAUAACCACCAGUUAAUUCUAACACACUUAACGGCACUU